AUGGGGAGUUGCCUCUUUUCCUCUUGUGGAAAAGAACUCAGCAGCAAGAGCAAGACGGCCUCGCCCAAGAUUGAAACCACAUUUAAGCUUCCUUCUCCAAUACCCAAUUGCCAACCUUCUGAAGAUUUUGCAAGCGGAACCAUUGAUCUAGGAGGACUACUAGCGCGCCAAAUAUCAUCAUUCACCAAAGUUUGGGCUACCCAUGAAGGCGGACCGGAUAAUCUCGGCGCCACAUUUUUCGAACCUUCCCCGAUACCGGAGGAGUUCUUCAUGCUUGGAUGCUACUGCCAGCCCAACAACCGGCCUCUAUUCGGGUGGGUUCUCGUCGCCAAAGAUGUCAACCAUGGCAAAAUCCUAAAGCAACCAGUUGAUUACACUCUUGUUUGGAGUAGUAACUCCUCCAAAAUUAAGAAAGAUGGUGAUCUCAACGGCUAUAUCUGGAUGCCAACUCCUCCGGAAGGCUACAAAGCAGUAGGUCACGUCGUCACGACCUCGGCCGACAAGCCUUCCCUCGAAAAAGUCCGGUGUGUUCAUUCCGAUCUCACCGAUGAUGAAAGCGAGACGGACGGAUUGAUUUGGGGACUAGGCUCACGUGGCUUCAACGUUUAUGGUUUCAGACCAAAGAAGAGAGGGAUAAAAGCUCAAGGGGUCUGCGUAGGUACCUUUGUUGCCAAGAAAGGCAAAUCUAAGACCUAUUCCCUGUCAUUAUCUUGUUUGAAAAAUCUCAACCCUAAAUUUCCCAAGUGUUCUAUGCCUGACCUGAGCCAGGUUGAGGCAUUAUUCCAAGCUUACUCUCCACUCAUUUACUUGCACCCAAAAGAACAAUACCUCCCUUCUUCAGUAACCUGGUUUUUCGACAAUGGAGCCCUACUAUACACCAAAGGGCAAGAAUCCAAACCCGUUUCGAUCGACCCUAAGGGUUCAAACCUCCCGCAAGAUGGCUCGCCAAAAGAUGGUGCCUACUGGAUGGACCUCCCGGUCGCCGACGAACAAAAAGAGAAACUGAAGAAGGGAAAUUCACAUAGCUUCGAGGCUUAUCUACACGUAAAGCCAAUGAUGGGGGCUACGUUCACCGAUAUCGCGGUGUGGGUGUUCUACCCUUUCAACGGGCCGGCGAGGGCUAAAGUUGGGUGUAUCGAGGUUGUGCCUCUAGGGAAACUAGGAAGGCAUGUUGGAGACUGGGAGCAUGUGAGUUUGAGGAUCAGCAAUUUCAAUGGGCAGCUAUGGAGUGUGUAUUUCUCUCAGCACAGUAAAGGGAAGCGGGUGUUGGCUUCGGAGGUUGAGUUCUAUUGUGGGAAUAGGCCUACGGUGUACGCGUCGUUGAAUGGGCAUGCAUUUUACCCAAGAGCAGGGCUUGUCUUGCAAGGCAAAUGUGGAGUAGGGGUAAGGAAUGACAUAGCCCGGAACCUUGAUUACCAUGAGAAGGUGUUGGACACCAGAAGCAAGUUCGUGGUGGUGGCGGUAGACUACGGCUCCGGCACGGCUGCAGCAGCGGAGGAGCAACCAUCAGAACCACCGUGGCUGAACUAUGCUAGGGAAUGGGGUCCUAAAGUCAGCUAUUUGGGGAAGAUGAAAUGUCUGCAAGUGUGUGGAGAAGAAGGGCCUACUGGUCCCAAGGAGAAGAAGAACUGGAAGGGUGAUGAUUGA